AUGUCUCAACCAGAUCUAUCAACAUUACCACCAAGACCUCACCAUAUCAAGAUUCUAGGACCACCCUGUGAUUGCAAACCAGUGAAACUAACCGUACUAAAACAAGUGGAAGAAAGUACAACAAAUUUUGGAGCUUUCUACUACAAGUGCGCAACAUGUCGAUACUUUAAAUGGGCAACAGAUUCUGGUAAUUCCAUUGAUUAUGGUGACUUGUGGGCUCCAUGUUGUCUUCUUCAUCCCAACCGAAAGUGUAAAUUAUUGCAAAUUGCAAGAAACAGCAUUAAUAGAGGAAAAUUAUUUUGGAUUUGUGGAGUUUUGGAUACUCCUUGUACCCAUUUUCAAUUAUUCGAAGGAAAUAUUGAUGAUUACAAAGAGUUUGUACCGAAUUUUGAUGAAUCGUUAUUGGAAAGUCAAGAACUAGAGAGUUCUCAAUCAAGUCAAAUUGUAAUGUCUCAGGCAAAUUCAAGAAACAUGAUCGUUAGUCAAUUACCAGAGGAAAUCAUGGCAGAAAUUUUGAAAUACUUGGACAUGAUUCCUAAUUGGGUGAAAAUUAUUGGAGUCUGUAAAGAAUGGAAGAGAAUGAUUGAUAAUGUGAUCGACCAGAAAGUGAAUGAUGGCUUAAUUGAGCUUAAUCUUGGUUUUUUACAUUCAAAAAGUCCAUUUUGGUAUUUUUGUGAAAUUUUCAAAAGAUUUUACAAAGUAAGAAAGAUUACAAUUUGUAACUUUGAAUUGUAUAGCGAAUUAAUGAGAUUAUUGGAAUGGGUUGGUGUCGAAACUCUGGUAUUAUAUAAUUGCACAACCAAAAUGUCCUGUAAUCAGAAAGAUCAAGUUGAUGACUCAGAUAAGGUCUUAAAUGAAUGUUUUUCAUUUAGGUCUAAAUGCACUGAAAUGUCAUUCUUUCACAUUCAUGGAGAAACUCUAUUAUACAAUUUCAAUCAUAAUCAUGUGGUACCUCAUUUGAAUGCUAUUAAUUCGGACAUUUACUUUGAGUUUGUUAAAGAAAUGGAAAGAAAAGUUGACAUUACCCAUAGAAGGCAGUUUCAAGAGUUGUCUCAGAUUAUUGCAAUUAAUUGCCCAGAGGAUCUGAAUUUUGUUUGGCUUAAUGGUCCAGAUGCUAGAUCCUACCACAAACAUGAGCAAGUAGACGCAAACUAUGGAGAUUUACUCGAUUUACCUUUCGAACAAGAAGAAUUGGAAAAUAUUGGAAAGUGUCAUGUUAAUGUGUAUUCUCUGCCUACAGAUAUUGACGUUGGUUUUCUAAACCUAUCUCUAUUGGGACAUCAUAGAACACCAAAGAUUUAUGUGAAAAAUGGAAAAAAGUACAGCUUUCCUACCGUUGUUGAUAAUCAAGUAAUUUCACAUCCAGAAAUUCAAAAGCAAUUCAUUCUAAACUGUGGAAUUUCCAAGUAUUUCAAUGUUAACAUGCUUGAGAUUGUCAACAAGGAACAUUUCGAUAUUGCAGUAGAGAGUGGAAUUGUACAUUUUGAAAAUGUUCACAAGCAUGCAUCCUUCAAAAUAUGUUUGGAAAUAUUGGCAAAGAAUUUACUUGAAGAUAUACUUAAGGUUAAUGGGAAUGAAAGACUAUUUUCCUUAUGGAAAGGAACUUUUUUCCACACAUUCAGUCAACCAGAUCAGAACCGUUCAUCUCACUCAAAAAAAAUGAAACCAUUCUUCGCCCUUCUCAUUCUCCUCCUCAUCCAACAACUUGUUUCCUGCCAAUCCAUCACCAAACAAACCUAUUACACUGAAGUCAAUUGUGUUGGUGAUAUUUACACGACCAUGUUCCUCGAUAGUGGUUCAGCUUGCACAUCGAAAGGAUCAACUACUUGUAAUGUGAUUACAAUUUCUGGUCGUCAAGUUUACUUUACACAGGAAUGUACCUCUGAAGUUCCACCUACACCAACCACUUUCACUGAUGUCAUUGCUUACACAUACAAGAAUGGUUCUUCUUGUAAUGGGCAACUGAGAUCUGCACAGGUCAUUCCAAUGGGAAAAUGCAUUAUCGAAUAUGGUACCACUUAUUAUGCUUAUUAUGAUGCAACUGGAUUCAAGACUUAUUAUUAUGAUAAUGCUUGCAAAAGCAAAAUGUUCACCACAUCAUUGUUUUUGAAUACUUGUUUGAAUGGCUGUGCAUAUGAACCUGAAACUUCAAUUGAAAACAAACCACCUCCAAGAAAAUUACCACCUCUCAAUGAACCAAAUCAAAAGCCUCAUCUUUCCAUCUCUCACACCAAUGAAGUGGUGAAUAUUUACUUUGAUUUUAAUGAUACUGAGUGGACUAAACAUGAUGUUCAUAUUGAUAUUGAUGAUUUACAUCACAUCUUGUCCAUUUCAAAUAUUAACAAGGCUAAACCAAGCUUUCAACGAAAACUUCAUCUUCCUAAAUAUUUGAAUACUAAAGAAUCAAAGGCUAAAUUUGCUGAUGGAUUUGUUGUCAUUACAUUCAAGAAGACUAUCAACUUGGAGCAGGCAACACCUAGAAAGGUUCCUUUGGAAUAA